CACCACUAAUGGGGCGGCGAACUGACCCGCAUCGGAGCGCGCGCUCGCAGCUCUGUCGCAGCACUCAUACCGCUCGCUAUCAUGGCUUUUGACCUCGGUACCCCCGUGAACACUGCUCUGUUGUUGUACAUCCUCUACGCCGUGCAGCGCAUUCUGUUCCCGUCCAACUCUCUGCCAAAGAGCAUCCCGCAUGAGUUCAAAGGCGGCUACUCGUGGAUGCCCAAGUCGCACCCUCCCACACUCUUGUUCAAGACAUACACGCCGAAGACUCUCGAGCCAUUCAACGGAGAGGAGGGAAAGCGCAUUCUGCUCGCGAUCAACGGCGUUGUGUACGAUGUGACGGCUGGGCGUAACUUCUACGGGCCUCAGGGCAUGUACGCCAACUUUGCAGGUCGCGACGCAUCCCGUGGCAUGGCGAAGCAGUCUUUUGACCUCGACAUGCUGACCCCGGUCGAUCAACCACUGGACAAGCUGGAUGAUCUCACUCCCGAGGACCUUGACAACAUGCGAGGCUGGAUGGACCACUUCGCCAACAAGUACAUCAUCUGUGGCAGCCUUGUUGAGAAUGAUACGGUCUAGGUCUCACGCCCAUCAGUAGGUAACAGCUGAGACCAUGUAAGAAUAUUUGACUGCUGGAUGUCAAAUGUUGUUAUCUGUGCGUGCAUAGCGGGCAUGAAGUUCUGGCGACUUGCGCCCCGAAGGGCUCUGUCAGUCAGAUAAUCCGUGCUGUUG